UAGCGCACGGCGACCUACGGAUAGCUGCUGCUCUGCCUCUCUCGUUCUCGUCUUUUUUAAGUUGCAUUUUAUUCGGCUCGACGGGAAUUCGCUACAACGAGGGGCUGUGCGUUUUAAUCACCGUGGUGACAUGACGCGGAAAAAAUGCUCGGCUGGUUAAUGGCCCGACAAUCAGGCCUCCACACCACGUUAGCUCUUAGAGGAUGCACAAGCUAGCUAAGGGCCUGAAAAAAAAGAAAAAGCAGAAGAAGGGCAAGAAGGGAGAGGACGACGAGGAGUUCGAUCCAGAGGAGCUUGAGCGUUACAGACGCGAACGAGCGGAGGCCCAACAAAAGCAAGCCGAGGAAGCAAGCACCACUGAGGCUGCUACUGCUGCAACCGGUAACGACGAGUGGAAGAAAUUCCAGGCACUCACAUCGGGUAUCGACUCAGUUCUCAAAAAGACUCAAGACGACUUAGAUCGUAUCAAGUCAACCUCGUUCUUCCAACGCAAGGCGCCGGAGCCCGAACCUGAUCCUGAGGAAUCACCCGAGCAAGGUAAUCCCAUCGAAGUCAAAGACGAACCCGAGGAGGAAACAGUUAAACCUCUACCCGUGACCGAGGAUGGUAUUGUAGAAGUACCUGACGACGACGAGUUCGAGGAAGAAGAUGAUAUCUUCGACACAGAUUACAUUGAGACACUCCAAAAAGUUGUUCAGGAGGUCCAAUUAGCAUACAUUCCAGAAAGUCCUACAGAGGAAGAAUUAGGUGACGAUCCUUUCGAUACUAGCAACGCAGAUAAAGUACUCAAGACUGUCGACAAGAAGGGCAGAAAAGUAGUUAGUUUGGGCAAUGCUGUUGAAGUACUUGCUGGACGCGUUGAUUAUCAGAGUACCUGUAAAAUUGGACGUAAUAGACCACGAAUAAAUAGAGAUCUCUUAUUAGAAAGCUUUGACGCUGACGCAGAGCCUAUACCUUCAAAUAAUACAGAAACAGAACCUAUUGAAGUUGAAAAAACAUUAUUAGACGACGACAGUGAUUUGCCUGACAUUCCAAUAGACUUAACUCAACUUCCACCAGUAUCGCCUAGACCUAUCACACCUGCAGCAAACGAAGAAACUGAUAACGAUUUGAACAAACCGUUGGACAUAUCUGAAUUUGAAAGCUUCAAAGACAAGACACUAUUGGACGAAGUUCCAACAUUAGACGACGACGAAUUCGAUUUAACUGCCCCAGACGAGACAGUCGUUUUAGAAGAACCUGAGGAUCCAUUUGCUGCUAAGGAACCGGAGGAUCUUGGUUUCCAGGAAGAGAUAAUUGAAGCUUGUUUCGAAGCUGCGAGUAUCAUCAACGAAGACGAUCCCUUUGACACUACUAUCGCAGCGAACAUCUUACCUGGCAAAACAGAACUCAAAUUUAUUGAGAAAGAACUCGAACAGGUUCCCAUAUCUGAAGUAUCGAUAUCUCUUACAGAUCCUAGUGGAUUGAAAUGUGAUUAUGAAACUGGAUUAUUAAAGAAUCAAUCAAAUAGUCUUAGUGUUACAAAGAAAGACUUACUAGGAGGUUCAGCCACAGAUUUAAGUCAGUUAGCAGAUAAACCUAUCAAACCAGUUGAGGAGAUCUCAUACGUCGAUCCAUUUGAUACCUCAAAUAUCCAAGAAUUACCUCCGGGAAGAACAGAACUCAAAGUUCUUGAAAAAGAACUUUUAGGUGAAAAGAAAACACCGACGCUAGACGAUCUAGAAGACGACGAUUUUGAUCCUAGAGCAGAGGAAAAGAAAGCAGCACCACCGAUAAGACCACCACCGAUUACUCCUAAGGUUCCUGUUGCCGUACAAGCUGACGAAGAAGUUCCAAGAAUUAGUGGUAGAAAACCAUCCAGACCAGAAGCUCUUGACAUUGCUCCGAAGAUAGUUGCCUUUAAUAUACCAACACCUAAACCAGAUCUUCUAGCAUCUAGUGAAGAAGAAAAAGCAUUACCAAGUAAACCUCUAACACCUUAUUAUCCUCAAAAAUCGAUCGAAGAAGUCCUUCCAACAGAAGACGAAGUAGACGGUUCUGACAUCGAUCCUUUCGAUACAAGUUUUGUAGCAAAUACUGCACCUGGAAAAACAGAAUUGAAAAUUAUUGAAUCGGAACUUUUAGCUGAGGAAUCUGUUAUUGGAAUUUCACAUAGUGUCAGUGAUCAAGAUUUAGAGUCAAGAGAUAAACCACUUCCGCAAAAUCGUAGGCAAAGUGACUUUGGUACCGUGACAGGUCGACCUCAAAUUAUCAAAAGCUCUGAGGUUAUAGAAUCGCUUAUAAAUAAAAGAAAAGCACUUGACAAGAGGCAAGAUAGUAUUUUAGACACCGACGUUGAAGUUGCAGGUGAACCUUUAGCUCCAAACGUCAAACCGAGUACGAUCGAAGAAGAAGUUGAACUCUCUUACAAAGAUCCCUUUGACACAUCUAUUGCGGAGAAUAUUUUGCCAGGAAAAGCUGAAUUGAAAAUUCUUGAGAACGAAUUGAGUCAGAUUCCGGAACCAGAACCAGUUAAACCACAUCCAGUUAUCGAACUCGUCGCAAAGAAACUCUAUUCUGUCGACGAAGAUCCAGAUUUCGAUCCUAGAGCUGAAGAGAAAGAUAUAUUGUGUCAGGAUAUCGGAGAAGCACCCGCUGAUAAAAUUCUCACACCAAUCCAGGACCUAAAUUUCUCGUUAAAAAUGGAUUCCAAAGGAGGGAAUCCAUUUCUUAUGGACGAUUAUUCCGCCGGAGCAGAAGCAGGACCACCUACAUCAAAUCCCUUCCUACAGGAUUUUGGCGAUCCUAAUCCGGUUUCUACCAAUACUGAUGCCAAUCCAUUCUUAAGUUUUGUGGCUGAUACAUCGUAUCAAGCUUCUGCUACUGACUAUACAAAUCCAUUUGCUUCAUUCGGUGCUCCUGAAGCAGCAGCUGUACCUGGACCCGAACAAAAUAUUUUUAUCACACCCGAAGUGGCAUCUGUACCACCUACGACAACGGUGAAUAUCUUCGAAGAAUCAUCAGUCCAGGUAACAAGUCCACCACAAUCAAUACAUGAUACGUCACCACCAAACAAACCAUCACGUCCGCUACCACCACCGAGACCAGGCGCACCACCACCCCCGCCGCGCAACACAAAAGAUCUGAUCCUAUCGGUGACGGGAGCUAUGGACGAGACCUCGAAUCAGAUGCUGGAUCGGUUGCAAGCAACACGAACGCCGAGUCCAACGCUGAUGCACUCGCCGUCACCAACGCCGGAGCACAGCUUCGCCGACCUCCUCGACGUUGAUGGCAGCGUGCCGGAUCUCGUGCAUGACGUUACAUCCAAACAACAACCAUCAUCUGCCACACAAGAUAUGCUGGGUUUGUUCGAUGCGCCGGCACCACCGUCAACUGAUCAGCAACCUGUAGUCAAUGCUAACUUUACAACUGGGUUAACGGAGACACAAGGCCAAGUGGAAAUGACGGUGGCGUCGUCGACAUCGGAUGAGAUACCAGCUACGGACGCGCCGCCCUUAACGUCGGUGUUGUCGGAUAAUCCGUUCUCCGAUGUCGGACCGACGGAGGGUCAUGUCGAUCUUGGUCUCGUUCAAGAUAAAAGGCCUUCCCUCACAAGUGGAUCACCAGUUGCUGCAGAAGCCGUUGCAAUGGAAAUGCCAGAAGUAAUACCUACAGCCGUAGUUGAGCCAACGGUACAAGAACAAGUUCCGUCAUCUGGUUAUUUCAACGAUUUGUCAACAACAGACACCUUCCAAACGCCGGGUCCUCCGCCGAAACCACCAAAACCAGCACCACCACCACCUCCAACUCGUGGUGCUAAUGCCAGCACCGGUGGUAGCGGCUUUGCUGACCUUUUUGGUGCUCCUGCACAAAAUGUUGCACCGGUUAGCCCUAUCACAGCUACUGAAUUUCCUGUCGUUGGAUACGGGGCAGAAAACUCGACUUUUGAAACAACAACACAAUCCGCCGAGAACACAAGUGACGCCUUCGAUGCAUUCGCAUCCAAAUUCGAUAAAGCAGCAGAGUCUACGAGUACUGGAGCUGAUCCAUUUUAUGAUCCAUUCACUGGUGGAUCGGCCGGUCAUACAGCCAUGGAUACAAGUAGCGAUGUUUGGGGUGAUUCAUCGGCAGUGUCAAAAUCAGGGCCAGUGUCUGGCUUCGACGAUGAAGAUGGCGCAGGUUUUGAUUCGUUUCUCAGCAUGACUGCACCACCACCAGACGUUACACCCAGGAGACAUUCACGUGACUCCGACGAGGGUCCUGACUUCACUAUCCACAUCAAGCCAAAAGAAGGCGGCGAUCAAUAUGGAAUGGUCGAAGGAGGUCCAGUGCCUGUUUUAGCACCACCACCUAAGAGCCCGAUGAAUGCUGCCUAUGCUGAUAGCUCACCACGAUUCAAUCCUUUUGACAAAACUGGUUUCGCUGUUCAAGAUGCUGCAUUGCCAACCGAAGGUGCUCUACCAUCGGAAUUGACUAGAACAGAUUCUCAAGAAACACCACCAACACCAUUGUUCGACGAAGAUUUAAGUCAACCGCUCGAGGAUUUUCCACGCAUCCAUUACGAUGGUGAAAGUUGGGAGAUGCAGUUACGUAUGCCAAUCAAAAAGAAAAUCACUGGACAACGUUUCUGGAAGAAGAUCUUCGUAACCCUCGUUUAUCAAGGCGACAAUCCAAUUUUACAAAUCUUUAAUAACAAGGGUGACAAGGAUCCAUUUCAAGAAUUGCCGUUGCUGGCUUGCUACUCGGUCUCAGAAAUUGCGGCCCAGCAGUAUGACCAGUACGGCAAGAUAUUCACCGUGAAACUACAGUAUAUAUUCUACAAAGAAAGACCAGGCGUUAGACCUGGUCAAGUCACUAAAGCUGGUAGAAUUACCGAUAAACUCAGUCAGUUCGCUGCUUAUGCUAUUCAAGGAGAUUAUCAAGGUGUUAAGGAGUUUGGUAGUGAUUUGAAGAAACUUGGAUUGCCUGUUGAACAUGCUCCUCAGAUGUCACAGUUGUUUAAACUGGGGUCCAUGAGUUAUGAGGAUCUCAAACAAUUCUCAGUAACGAUCGAGGAAGCCUUGUUCCGAUUGAACGUCCAUCGUGAUCGAGCUUUAACGUACAAAAUGGAAGAAGUUCAAAUUAGCGUCGUCGACGAAAUUUAUGUCGAACAGAACUGGGAAGGACAUGUAGAGAAACAAAUCGCGAGAGUUAGAUUGUUCUUCCUUGGAUUUUUGUCUGGUAUGCCUGACGUGGAAUUAGGAGUAAAUGAUAUCCGAAGACAGGGAAAAGAAGUUGUCGGCAGGCACGACAUCAUUCCCGUAGCAACCGAAGAGUGGAUUAGACUUGAGAAUGUUGAAUUUCAUUCGUGCAUACAACAGGAUGAGUUUGAGAAAACGAAAAUUAUUAAAUUUAAACCACCGGAUGCAUGUUACAUCGAGUUGUUGAGGUUCCGUGUGAGGCCACCAAAAAAUCGUGAAUUGCCGUUACAACUGAAAGCUGUUAUGUGUGUCACUGGUAACAAGGUCGAACUGCGUGCCGACAUUCUCGUGCCAGGCUUUGCAUCUCGCAAACUCGGUCGAGUCCCAUGCGAAGACGUAAUGGUUCGAUUUCCUAUACCUGAAUGUUGGAUCUACUUAUUCCGUGUUGAGAAACAUUUUAGAUAUGGUUCGGUCAAAUCGGCACAUAGGCGCACCGGUAAAGUUAAAGGCAUUGAACGUAUUCUUGGUGCUAUGGAAACGUUAGAUUCGCAACUUAUGGAGACAACUUCUGGACAAGCCAAGUAUGAACAUCAACAUAGAGCUAUUGUUUGGAGAAUGCCAAGGUUACCUAAGGAAGGACAGGGCGCUUACACAACUCACCAGCUGGUUUGUCGUAUGAACCUGACCUCGUACGACCAGAUUCCGGAGAAGCUUGCCGAGUAUUGCUAUGUUGAGUUUACAAUGCCGGCAACGCAAGUCUCACACACGACUGCACGCAGUGUCAGCUUCCAGAAUUACGACGGUGAUGAGCCGCCUGAGAAAUAUGUGAGAAAUCUAUCGCGUCACGAGUACAGAGUUGGAAUCGAGCAUACGGUAGGGGAAGGUCCAGGUGCAUAUGUAGCAGCAACGUCGAUAUCGACGCCAAAGAAAACGGCAACGAUACCAGAAUCAGGCGGUGAGUCGCACGACGAAUCGACCGAACACGCGGCAUCCGACUCAGACUCGUCCGAUUAAAUAUCAUCACUUGAAGAUUCCGCAAGUAUAUGUUAAUAAAGUUGUCUACUUGGAAGAUCGAGCAUGUUUUCAAUUUCGGGGAAAGUUUGAUUUGUUGGCAAGAACGUUUGGUAAACAAGAUUUUUUCUCUUUUUCCAUAUAAGUAUAAAUACAGUAUGUGUUAUUGUCACAAAGGAAAAAAAAACCUAAAAUAAAACAAAACAACGUUAGUGUUGUAUGAAUAACAUUCAAAUUCUCCAAUGAUGAAGAGAACAGCCAAGUCAAUUGAAGAAGAAACUCAGUUUUCCUCCUCAAUCACGCCUUCUUUCGUCAAAUUGAACUUUCUUCGAUGUAAUUGGUUCAUCAUUCACGCAGACAACGAAAGCAUCCAUGACAACAAAUCGUUCGUUAUAUUGUAGUGAAUUUCCGCUUUGACAAAAAUCUUAUGUAGCGGUAAAAUAAAUUUUGUUUUUCUCGUCGCUGUAGUUAUAUACAAUGAGGUGCAUUCGUUGUUCAUUCCUCAGUUUUAGAAGAAGCUAUAAUCCCCUCCCCUUGAGCUGUGAAUUGACAACGACGCGAGAGUCAGAAACAAAAAAGUAGUUACUUAUAUACAUUCCAAGGGAUAUAAGCGAUUGUACGUGCCUCGUUGAUUCGCAAGGACAAUACAAACGGAACACAUACAUACAGAUACACAUAGAUUUUUCGUUUCUGCGUUCGUUCUGCAAUUAUUGUUGCACCUGAUGAGACUGUCUCGAUUUUCGAACUCACGCGCAUUCCUAUAUAAACGUAUAUAUCUCGCUUAGAGUUCCUCUAAAUAGCCCACCGAAUAGAGAAUCAUCAAUCAUCGAACUUGCCUUUGACGUUUUAAAAUUUACCCGAGAAACAAUGUAUAUUAUAAAUGAAUUUAACAAACAAAGUCUACUGUGUAGCCUCAUGUUGUUGUUGUUUCAAUAUAUAUAAAUAACUCUAUAUAUAUAUAUAUAUAUAUAUAUAUAUAUAUAUAUAUAUAUAGAGAGAUCACGCUUGCCAUAGUGUUAUAACAUUCCUGAAAAAAAAUGAACAAAAAAAAAAUAACAAGUAAAAGUUGUUGUUGAGUCGUACUUGUAUUCUUGUCUUGAAGUAUGUUGCGAGAGUGCCACGUAUGUUUUUAAUUUUUGUUUGCGGUGCCUAGGUGUCUUGUGUGAGAAUCCCCCGAUAUAAAAGAAAUUAUAAUCUUUUUAGCAUUUAAGGAGUGGACGUAACUUUCACCUAUCUUAUAAUAAUCGAAAGAGCCUAAAUCAUUUUGUUGACAAAAAAACGAUAAUAUCUAACCCUAAGCAAUAUUUUUCAUACAUGAUGACCGAUUGAAACCUUUCGAAAAUUAAACUUAAAAUUAGUUUAUUUAAGCUCUUUCUUUCGAUCUGUGUAUCAUUAGAUUCGAGCGAAAGUAAUCAAUUUAGUCGUAUGAGCUUCUUUUCUUUUAAUAAUUAUUUUUGUUUUUCCCAAUUAUUCUCGCGUCAGAUGCGCUGAGUACGACGCUAAAUACACAGCUAAACCAAAUACUAGUCAUUUAAGCAGAUCGUUAGCCAAGUAAGUUAAAAUAUACGACGCGACAGCAGCGUCGCACCUCAACAGUACUUAAAACAAAUAAAUAAAAUAAUGCGCUUCUAGAUAUCCCCCUCCUCUCCCCCUUUCACAUAUCUCAAUGCGUUGCAUAUAUGUGUAAAAAUUGUAGUUGUUUAAGGAUGAUAAUCAUGUAAGUUUCAUUUAUGAAGUUAGUUUGAUUUUGACGUUUUUCGUCUCGUUCCUGAACAACAAAAAGGGAAGAGAAAGAAGAGUAAGCUUCUAGUCACAUUUAUCGCGAAUAUCGAUGAACCUCGUCGUAUAACGCGAAUAAAGUCCUUAGCUCGUAAGAAUAUAGAUUGUAAGGUAGAGUUAAUAGACUUUUUUUUAUUCACCAGUUGAUUUUUGUUUUUUUUUACAAGGCAUCUUUGUUAUCGUUUUGAAAGAUUUUUUUAUUUGUUCUUUUAUAUUCAUUGCUUUUGCAGAUUCUGUGUGCCAUAGAACCAAGCGAUUUGUUUAAAUAAAAGUAUUUUUAGUGAGUAAUAUAGAUUCUUAUCGAACAUAAUUGUGAUAAUUAGAUAAGCAUAAAUUCAGUUGAACUUCAAUUGUUGCAAUAAUUAAGUAAGUAAGAUUAUUAAUUGUGCAUUUAUUUUGCAGUGCAUACAAGUGGUCAUAAAUUGUAAUUCCAAAACUUAGGAAUUUGAUUCGUUCCGUCUUCUAGAUAAUAUUAGACGUUAUAAAUUUUCAGACGAAUAACGGAACAUUUUUUCUUUAGGCCAGAAAAACGUAACGCGUAUAAAAUAUAUAUUUAGAUUCAUAAUAACACAUAUAAAAUUAGAAAUACAUAGUGAAACCUAGUCCUCCGUCGUAGCCAAAACAUGUAACACGUGCAUAAUCCUCGGCCAUAUACAUCGUUAUACAUGUAAAAAGAAGUAACACGUUAGUUUUGUUUUCACAUGAAAACACUUGAAAUCGGGUCAGUCUUGUAGCUUCAAGCAAUACAGAGACUUUAUUUUGCUACGUGAUUUACGGGAUUGUUGAAAAUGUUGAAAAACGAAGAAAAUAAAUCUGCCUCUGGAAUAUUUUUAUAUGUGAAUGACGAAAAAACAAAUAUGAAAAACUCAGCCUUAUUAUGUUUUUGUAAUAUCGUUUUUUGCUUUGUUCUUGGAUUCUCUACUUAUUUUGUUCAAAAAAUAAUAUAUGCAACAAUAAAAACCUUAAGAAGUAUUAUCAAUUUUUUAAAACAAUGUUUAUUGAUAAGCUGUGAAGUUGUUUUUUUGUACAAAUUACUUUUAUUCGAAAAUGAUGCAAAGUAAGAUGUAAUAAUGAAAAGCUCUAUGAAAGGAGUUUUUUAACGAAAACUUGCGAAUAUAAAAAAUGCGAGUAUUCAGCUUGUGAUCUCAGUACCGUAAUCGUGCACAUGUAAUUGCAAAAUGAACAUACAAAUAAUAAAAAGAUAUGUCUCAUCUGUGGACAAAUGGUAAUGGAUAAUAAUUAAAUAUAUACUAAUCAUAUUAAUAAGGCGCGUCGAGAAAGACAAAAAAAAAUGUAUGACCACCACAAUAGUAAUAAAAAUUCAUAAGUUGAACCUAUAUCCACUAAAAAAUGUAAGUCUAAUUUACAUAAAUUGUAUGAAAUUAUAGUGGAAUUACCCAAAGUAACUUUAGGGUAAAAUAAAAUUGCGACGUGUUUUGAUGAUAGUUUCCGAACAAAAAGAGUGAAAGCAUCCGGUCGAUCAGAAAACUCUUUGAGCAUAGCAAAAAAAUGCAAAACUUAUACGAUAUAUACAUAAUGUAAAUUACAUUAGAUUUUAAGAAUAAAUCCUCACUUGUGACUUAACGUUACACAAUUGACAACAGCAAUGAAAGUAACGGCAGAUGCUUAAAAUUAUUACACGCAAAUAACUAAACAGAUAAAAGCAUACAUACACAUAUACACACCAAAGAAUAAGACAUUGAUAAUGUUAUCGUAUAUUAAUCAAUGAGAGCCAACGGUGGAGUUCUGUAAAGUGUUACCGAACAAUUUUAAGAACGCGUAUAAUAUAAAAUCUCUUUUCUGGUGAGAGUAUAACGAGACGCAGCAUGUCCCUCUUCAUCCUCCUCCGCAUUAUAAGUCGUGUGACGAAAGAAUGUGCAGCUAUGUGCAUGUCACGGGAAGAUCAUAAGUUAAAGAAACAUCUGUUACGACAAAUUGCACUAUAAUUAGAUGAAUCCAAUAAACAAUUGUAACAAAUCUGAAGUUAAAUUGCAGAAUUAAGAUAUAUAUAAAUAAAGUUUCAUGAUGUACCUAAACAAACUUAUAAUCAAAUCUUGUCUGUUCAAAAAUAACGUUGACGAAGGAGAAAAUUUUUUUUUUUUUCAAUGUACAACGGUUUGGUUGUUUGUGGGUGUGUAUAUACUACGGCGUAGUUAGAACACAAGAAAUGCUACUUUGAUAAACAAAAAUAAAAUAUAUAUAAACAUAUAUAUACCCUGGGCGCUGCGCUUCGGCUAAUUUUCUUUCAUUUCUUUUUUUUUUUUUAGUUGCCAAUGAAAAACCUCGAUUCUAUAAUACUGUUGUGUUGUCUGGUCGUAUAUAUUCUACAUAAUGUACUGAGGUUCGUUUUUAUUCGAGAAAACGACCAAGUUUAUGAAUAUAUCAAUGCAUUGGCACACAUUCUAGGACAAGAAAGUACCACCACAAGAAAAAUCCUUUAUAUAUACCUAUACAUAUUCAAUUAACAACAUGUAAACUAAUAAUGAGUAUCAAUUUCACUAACUAUAAAGUUUCAAUAAGUAACAAAAAAUGAUUCAAGCGACACGCAUACAAUCUAUAAGAAUGAAAUAUUCGCAAAAAGUUAUAAAUAUCUUGUGUACGGUGAAAAUGGAGGUCGCAACCUCAUCAAGUUGUAUAUCGAUUUAACGGUGUGUAAUGUAUAUCAUGUUUGCUCGACGUACACAUUAGUUAAAAAAAAAUAAUUCCAAAAGUUAAGAUUAAUUAUUAUUCAAAAAGUUAUAUAAAAAUGAAGCCUGUACAUGUAUCAUGGAAACCCUAGCUCUAUAUACUCCAUUUUUGUUUUUUUCUGUGCGUAAUGAUGAUGACAGAGAGAAAGAAUGUAACGAUGUAGAGUUGAUGAUGACAAUGUAUUCUUGUGUAUGUAUCAUAUGGCAAAAAGAAUUAUAUGCAUAACGGUUUAGCGAGUAUUAUGCAAAAUAAAAAAAAUACCAAGGAAACAAAGAGAUAAAAUAAAUAACAAAAGCAGGAGCAGCGAAUGAUGAACCACUGUUAGCUGAAGAAAACCAUCGAUAAAUUCUAUGUAUCGAUAAAUAAUAUAAAAUUGUUUAA